AACCCAUCUUCUCUCACUUCAUUUCUCCUUUAUAUAUUUUGGUCUUUCUUCUUCAAACCCCUCACCAUCCAUCCCCUUCUCUCACCCAGUUUUGUUGGUUCUUCCACAACAGAAGAGGACUUAAUUUUCAGUCCAUUGGCUCAAGAAGGUUAUUUUUAUAUACGUGAACAUCACGAAGAUGAGUCGCAGAAAUGGUCCCAAGCUUGAGUUGAAGCUCAACCUAUCACCACCAAGGCUUAACCCAAGAGUGGAAUCACCAAGCCGAUCGGCUACCGUGUCACCGACAUCGCCUCCAAGCUCAUGCGUGUCAUCGGAGAUGGAGGAUGACACUGGCAGUUGUAGCGAGGCAACAACAACAUCCAUGGUCCUUGUGGGGUGCCCAAGGUGCCUUAUGUAUGUUAUGCUAUCAGAGGAUGACCCCAAAUGCCCCAAAUGCAAGAGCACUGUUUUGCUAGAUUUCCUUAACGACACUGCCACCGCUGCCUCCACCAAGACAAGAAAGAGCAGCUAGAACACACUGCAGCCUCACCCCUGCCCUUUCCCUAAUUUUAAUGUUACAGCUCUCUUAGAUAGUGCUAUUUGCUCUCCACCUUUAGUUUUUGACCUUUUUCUUUAUAAACUCCACUAACGAUAGAAAAAAAACAAGGUGGAGCACCAAUAGCAGUGAUCUUUUCCUUUUUUUUUUUUUCUCUUUUCCGGAGGAUCCUAAAUCUAAUCAUAGAACAUAGAAUAUUGGCGUUUAUGGGUUUCUUCCUCUUUAUCAGAAAUCUAUGUAAACUGGUUAAAGUGAAGUUGCAACUGCCAAAACUUUCUUAUGAUAAUGAAAAAUAUAAUAUGAUAUUGAUCGGGAAAA